GCCCCUCCUCAUGCCACGUGACAUUUACGACCCAGCUGUCCCUGACUCCCCUGCUCACUCUGCCUCAUCGCACCAGCACCAGCAGCAGCAGCAGCAGGUGCAGCAGCAGCAGCAGGUGCAGCAGCAGCAGCCGCAGCAGCAGCAGCAGCAGCAGCAGCAGCAGCAGCAGCAGCAGCAGCAGCAGCAGCAGCAGCAGCAGCAGCAGCAGCAGCAGCAGCAGCAGCAGCAGCAGCAGCAGCAGCAGCAGCAGCAACAGCAGCAGCAGCGGAUGGAGCAGCAGUGGCAGCAGCAGCAGCAGCAGGAGGAGAUGCAGCAGCAGCAGCAGCAGCAACCACAGGCAGUGCAGCAACAACAGCCGCAGCAGGAGGUGCAGCAGCAACAGCAGCAGCAGCAGCAGCCGGAGCAGCAGCAACCACAGCAGCAACCUCAUCGGCAUUGCCGCACCACCUCUCCACAUUACUGACUGCCCUUCCCUCAACUUCACCG